UUUGCACCAUACAUCCAUAGCUUAGCUUUCUUGCCUCGCCACCCAUAAAUACAUGCCCACAUAUGCAACAUCAAUCACCAAAAUCAUCGAUCCAAUGGCCUCCUUGUCAUCCUUCCUGCUCGCCACGGCAAUGGCCGCAUUGUUGGUCAUCGGCUCGUACGCCACUGAGCUCACCUUCAAAGUCGGUCCAGGCUCUAGCACCACUAGCCUGAACCUCAUCACCAAUGUCGCCAUCUCUGAGGUGGAGGUAAAGGAGAAGGGCACCGGUGACUGGACGGGGCUCAAGGAGUCAUCGGCUAACACCUGGACGCUCAAAACCGGGGCAAAACUCAAGGGCCCCUUCUCCGUCCGCUUCCUUGUCAAGAAUGGCGGCUACCGCGUCGUCGACGAUGUCAUCCCUGAAGCCUUCAAGGUCGGCUCCGUCUAUAAGAGUGGCAUCCAGCUCAAGUAACGUACACUUGUGCUCUUGCAUUGGAUCGCAUGGAAAUUGUUGAUCUCUAAAUAAUUCUUUUUUAAAAAAAGAGAGAUCGAGUCUGCCUGUGCGCAAGCCAAUAAUUAUUUUUUAUGGUCCUUCCCGCAUAUUGUUGUGAAGCUAUAUAUGUGCACAUGAUUUUGAAUACGUUGUUUAUGUAGGACUUAUGGUAAAAAGGUAUAUUAUUUGGUCAGCCUUCACCGAGACGGUUGUUUACAUUUGAUUUUUCCAAUGUUUUAAUACAUAUGUAUAUCUAGAUCAAUGAUGUUCAUCUAUCAUUUUUACAUGUAAAAAAAAUCCUGUAAAAUUCGCAUUUACACUUGUGAUUAUUAUUAUUAUUUGUGAAACACAAAUUGUUCGACAUA